GGCGGGUGAGAAUCUCUUCGAAUUUGGCAUGCUUGCUGAGGUUCGCCAGCUUCACGUGCACGCCUCCGCGCAGCCCGGUGCCCAGGUUGGAGGGGCAGAGGCUGCGCGUGUGCAGAUAAGGAGCCGGUCACGUGAGGAGAAGACGGCCAGAUUCGGAUGUGGACACAGAUCUACCCAGCCCAACUCACGGAAUCAGGUCUCUCCUUCCACCAGAUGGGCCCCAGGGAUCGAACUCAGGCUGUGAGGCUUGGCAGCAAGCCCCUUUAGCCACGGAGGCGUCUCACCCACCCCAUCCAAAGUCCUUUGGAGGAACUGCUUACAACAGAUUCCAGAAAGAACAGCCAUGUCUGUGCAGGUGGCAGCCCCGGGAAGCACAGGGCUGGGCCCAGAGCGCCUGAACCCCGAGGAGCUGGUGCGGCAGACACGACAGGUGGUCCAGGGGCUGGAGGCCCUGCGGGCUGAGCACUACAGUCUCGCCGGGCACCUGGCCGAGGCCCUGGCUGGGCCGGGUCCCGUGGCUGGAGCGGAGCUGCUGGAAGAGAAGCAACAGGUGGUGAGCCACUCACUGGAGGCCAUCGAGCUGGGGCUGGGCGAGGCCCAGGUGCUGCUGGCCCUGUCCGCACAUGUGGGUGUGCUAGAGGCUGAGAAGCAGAGGCUGCGGGCGCAGGCGCGGAGGCUAGCCCAAGAGAACACGUGGCUUCGAGAGGAGCUGGAGGAGACGCAGAGGCGUCUGCGCGCCAGUGAGGAGGCUGUGGCCCAGCUGGAGGAGGAGAAGAGCCACCUCGAGUUCCUGGGUCAGCUGCGGCAGUAUGAUCCACCCGAGGAGAGCCAGAGGCCCGAGUCCCCCCCUCGCCGAGACAGCCUGGCUUCUCUGUUCCCCAGUGAAGAGGAGGAAAGGAAAGGCCCCGAGGCAGCCGGAGCUGCAGCAGCACAGCAGGGUGGUUAUGAGAUCCCAGCUCGCCUGCGGACCCUGCACAACCUGGUGAUCCAGUACGCCGGCCAGGGCCGCUACGAGGUAGCGGUGCCCCUAUGUCGCCAGGCCUUGGAGGACCUGGAGCGGAGUUCGGGCCACUGCCAUCCUGACGUGGCCACUAUGCUUAACAUCCUGGCACUGGUAUACAGGGACCAGAACAAGUACAAGGAGGCCACGGACCUUCUUCACGACGCCCUACAAAUCCGGGAGCAGACACUGGGUCCUGAACAUCCUGCAGUGGCUGCUACCCUCAACAACCUGGCUGUCCUCUAUGGGAAACGUGGCCGUUACCGGGAGGCAGAGCCCCUAUGCCAACGUGCCCUGGAGAUCCGUGAGAAGGUCCUGGGUGCCGACCACCCUGAUGUGGCCAAGCAGCUCAACAACCUGGCCUUGCUCUGCCAGAACCAGGGCAAGUUCCAGGAUGUGGAACGGCACUACGCGCGGGCCCUGAGCAUCUACGAGGCCCUGGGGGGGCCACAUGACACCAACGUAGCCAAGACCAAGAACAACCUGGCCUCGGCCUACCUGAAACAGAACAAGUACCAGCAGGCAGAGGAGUUGUACAAGGAGAUCCUCAGCCAGGAGGCUCUGCCCGCCCCACUUGGAGCCCCCCACGCAGGCACAGCGGGUGACAUACAGCAGCAGGUAAGCAGGCUCCACUGGGGUCCCCGUGGGGCCCGGCCUGGGUGGGCCCCACCGUGUCCCCACAUGUCCCUGUGCCCUCCCCAGGUCCUGCGCAGGAGCAGCUCCUUCUCCAAGUUCCGCGAGUCCAUCCGGCGGGGCAGUGAGAAGCUGGUCUCCCGCCUCCGAGGGGAGGGCACGGCAGGGGCUGCCGGGAUGAAAAGGGCCGUGUCACUCAACAUGCUCAACAUGGACGGUCCAAGGGCUGCCAGGAUGCAGGUGAGGGGCCAGUGGCGGAGCAGGGAGCUGCUGGCGGGCUCAGCAGCACGGGGAAGGUGGGCCUUCCUCCUGGGGACUCAAGAUGGGGGCGAGUGGGCGGGCAGGAGAUGGCAUGGCCCCAGUGUCAACUGGGGAAGGACUCCAACCACUCCUGUGCCUGCCCCCAGCUCUCAACGCGGCCCCUGAGCGAGGCCCCUCGGACCCUCAGCGCCAGCACCCAGGACUUGAGCCCACGCUAAGUGGACUGGCUGCAGUGGCCGCCGCUGCUCAGGAAUCGGGAAGGGGGGUGGGUGGCUAUCGGGCACCCUGCCUGGGUGGCACCUGUGGAUCGGGAUCCUGCUGUCCCCUCCCUGCAAUUAAAGGCUGUACAGUGGA